AUGGAAGGAAAGAUUGACGUCCACCACCACUAUCUACCCGAGGAGAUUGUUGCCAGCCAGAGGAAGGGCCCGCCGGUCCCGCGCUGGUCACCCCCAGUGAGCAGCGAGUACAUGGAUACCGUUGGAGCAAGAACUGCCAUUCUGUCCUUCCCAAUUACUUUUGUCUUCGACGGCGAGGAAGGUCGUGCGGUAGCAAGGCAGGUCAAUGAAUAUGCAGCCCAAGUACGAGACCAAGACCCAAAGCGAUUCGGAUUCUUUGCAGCGAUUCCCUCGCUGUUGGACCCCGAAAAUGCCUUGCUGGAAAUCCGCCAUGCCUUUGACCAUCUGCAAGCAGACGGUGUGAUGUUGCUUGCUCGCUACGGCGAUGCAUACCUGGGCCAUCCAUCUUUCACCCGUAUCUGGGAAGAAUUGAACCGGCGUUGUGCGGUGGUGUUGCUUCCUCGGGGGGCCCGAUUCAACCAAUAUGUGGACCCCACUGUCGCCGAAUUCCCCCAGGAAACUACCAACACAGCGCUGGAUAUGAUCAUGAACAACACCCUGCGCGACUUCCCCAGCUGCAAAGUCAUAUUGUCCCAUGCCGGCGGCACGCUCCCGUACCUGAUUCGGCGAGCGUCGGCUCUCAUCCCAACAUUUGCCGCCCACCUCAACCCUCCACCCAAGCCGGCCCACGAGAUCCUCGAGGACUUUAGAGCCUUCUACUUUGAUCUGGCUCUGUCGAGCUCUGCUUAUACUUUGGAUCUGUUGCUGCAGCACGUGCCCCACAAUCAUAUCUUGUACGGUAGUGACUUCCCAUUUGCACCAACCUUAGCAACUGCCGCUUUCGCAAGGGAGUUGGACGAGUACCCGAUGGAUGAGGAGACAAGAGAGAUGAUAUAUUGGAAGAACGCACGGGCUCUCUUCCCGCGUCUUCAGAAACAGUGA